AUGUCUCCAAACAAAGCCUUCAUCUUCUUAGCUCUCUUAUCCUUUUCACCACAACUCUUCCUAACAAUCUCUUCUGCAGUAGAAGAUAACGGCCUCCUCUUAAACUACUACAAAGAAUCAUGUCCACAAGCUGAAGAAAUCAUCAAAGAACAAGUCAAACUUCUCUACAAACGCCACAAGAACACCGCUUUCUCAUGGCUCAGAAACAUUUUCCAUGAUUGCGCUGUUCAGAGUUGUGAUGCUUCUUUGUUGCUCACAUCCACUAGAAGAAGCUUGUCUGAACAAGAACAUGACAGAAGCUUUGGUUUGAGGAAUUUUCGGUACAUUGAUACCAUCAAAGAAGCUGUUGAAAGAGAGUGUCCUGGUGUUGUUUCUUGUUCUGAUAUCCUUGUUCUUUCAGCUAGAGAUGGAAUUGUUUCGCUAGGAGGUCCUUAUAUUCCAUUGAAAACUGGAAGAAGAGAUGGAAGAAAGAGCAGAGUGGAUCUGUUGGAGGAGUACCUUCCUGACCACAAUGAAUCAAUUUCUUCGGUUCUUGACAAGUUUGGUGCCAUGGGAAUCGACACUCCUGGAGUUGUUUCUUUGCUUGGAGCACACAGUGUUGGUAGGACUCAUUGCACAAAACUGGUGCACCGUUUGUAUCCAGAAGUUGAUCCAGCUUUGAAUCCAGAUCACGUUCCACACAUGCUAAAGAAGUGUCCUGAUUCAAUCCCUGACCCUAAGGCAGUACAAUACGUGAGAAAUGACCGUGGUACUCCUAUGGUUCUCGAUAACAAUUACUAUAGAAACAUUCUUGACAACAAGGGUCUUUUACUAGUGGAUCAUCAACUAGCACAUGACAAAAGAACAAAACCUUAUGUGAAGAAAAUGGCAAAAAGUCAAGAGUAUUUCUUCAAGGAGUUUUCUAAAGCUAUUACGUUGCUUUCUGAGAAUAAUCCUCUAACCGGUACAAAAGGUGAGAUAAGAAAACAGUGUAGUGUUGCUAACAAACAGCACCAUGAUGAACCUUGA